AUGUCCUAUCCCGACUCGCUCAACUCCGUCGCGCCGCCGCCGGGGCAGUCGGCGCCCGGCCAGCCGCUGCCGCCGCACAUCGACGCAAAGAAGAAGCUCGUCGUCGUCGGCGACGGCGGCGCCGGCAAGACGAGCCUGCUCAUCGUCUAUUCGGAGAACCGCUUCCCAGAAGCAUACAUCCCCACCGUGUUUGAGAACUACGUGCCCAUCGUGCGCUUCGAGGGCAAGGUCGUCGAGCUGGCACUGUGGGACACGGCGGGACAGGAGGAGUACGACCGGUUGCGGCCACUCUCGUAUCCCGAGAGCGACGUCAUUCUCAUCUGCUUCGCCGUCGACUACCCCACAAGUCUGGCCAACGUGCAGGACAAGUGGUAUCCGGAGAUCAACCACUUCUGCGAGGGCGUGCCGAUCCUGCUCGUCGGGCUCAAGACCGACCUUCGGUCGGACCCACACGCGCUCUCCAUGCUGGCGGCCCAGGGCACGUCGCCCGUCACCUCCGCAGCCGGCGAGGCCGUGGCGCGGGCGAUUGGCGCGGCAAAGUACGUCGAGUGCAGUGCCAAGACGAAGCGCGGCGUGCAGGAUGUGUUUGAUGCGGCGCUCAAGGAGGCCAUGCGGAAACGAGGAUGGUAUAUGGCGAGAAGAGGUAGCUGA